GCCCGGUGCUCCGCCUAGUUUCAGAGGCACGGGGAUCAUCAUCAUCAUCAUCCUCACCGUCUGGCUCGAGCUGAAACUUGGUCGCUCCAUGUAACGCCACUGAAUCCGGGUUGGGUCGUUUUUUUUUUCCACUCCUCGGUAUGGACUCUCAGAAAGAGGCCCUACAAAGGAUAAUCACCACAUUAGCAAAUAAAAACGAUGAGCUUCACAAUUUCAUCGAGACGCUGAGUCACCUGUUGGCUGGAGUUCAGGUUAACUCCAGCCAGGUGGUGUCUGAUUUAGAAGAGGAGUUUGACACGCUGUUCUCUAUCCUGCAAGAGACUAAGGAGAGCAUGACCAACACUAUUAAGCAAGAGCAGACCAGGAAAACGCAGGAACUGCAGAACCAGCUAACCCAGAGUACUAAUGCAUUAGAAAGUUCAGAAGAGUUGCUGGAGUUCGCUCAAGCAGCAGUGGAGAUUAAAAGCGAGGAUGAGUUCACCAAGGCUGCCAAACAGAUCAAAGAUAGGGUGACGAUGGCUCCAGCUUUCCGUCUCACCAUGAAGCCCAAAGCUUCAGACAACAUGACCCACCUGAUGGUGGACUUUUCACAGGAGCGCAAGCUUCUCCAGGGCCUUCGCUUCCUUCCCGUCCCCAGAGCUCCAGAAAUUGAUGUCCAAGACUGUCUGGUGAUGGACAACGCAGUGACCAUCGUCUGGAGGAUGCCGGUGGAGGACAGCAAGAUCGACCACUACAUCCUCGAGCACAGAAAAACCAACCACGAGGGUCUGGUUCGGGUCAAAGAUGAGCACCACUGGGAGAUUGUGGACAACAUCAAGAGCACAGAGUACACACUGACAGGGUUAAAGUUUGAUUCCAAAUUCAUGAACUUCCGGGUUCGAGCGUGUAACAAAGCAGCAGCUGGAGAUUAUUCUGAUCCUGUCACACUGGAAACCAGAGCCUUCAACUUCACUUUUGACUCGUCGUCCUCACACCUGAACCUGAAGGUGGAUGAGAGCAAUGUGGAGUGGGACCCACAGGGAGGCAAAGGCCUAGACAGUAAAGUCAAAGGGAAAGAGAACAAGGGCAGCGCACACAUGACUAAUCUGAAGAACAUGACAAGAAGUGGAACUCCAUCUCCGAAAAGAGGCUCGACUGCUCGCUCACCAGCUCCGAGGGGAGGCAGAGAUCGCUUUACUGGAGAAUCGUACACAGUAUUAGGUGACACCAGUAUUGAUGCCGGUCAGCACUACUGGGAGGUGAAGGCUCUCAAAGACUGCAAGUCUUAUAGCAUCGGUGUGGCCUAUAAGAACCUGGGCAAGUUCGAUCAGUUGGGUAAAACCAACACCACCUGGUGUAUUCAUGUCAAUAACUGGCUCCAGAACUCAUUUGCUGCCAAACACAACAACAAGGCGAAGACUCUGGAUGUGCCAGUGCCCGAGAGGAUAGGGGUUUACUGUGACGUAGACGGAGGUCAGUUGUCGUUUUACAACGCCGAAAGCAAACAGCUGCUUCACUCGUUCAAGACGAAAUUCACUCAACCUGUCGUACCAGCCUUUAUGGUGUGGUGUGGUGGCCUGAGCCUGUCGACUGGUUUACAGGUUCCCAGUGCGGUUAAAAGCUUCCAGAAGACUGAAAACGGCCUGGCGGGAUCAAACAGCAGUCUGAACAGCAUGGCACAGUAGUCAAAGCUCAAAAACUAUGAAUUUACUCCUUCAUGCUGAUGUAGGAUAGUUUCCUCUGUAACCCAUCCCGAAUCAGCAGCAAAGAGCAACCUGUAUGAACAACCCAUGACCUUGGACCCCACUUCCUGCUUCCUGGGAAAUACAUAAUCCAAUGCGAUACUGUGAAGCAUCAUGGGUAAUGAAAUCUAUCACUGGCAAGACUCUCCAAGAUAAGAAGGAAAGUCUUUUUCUUUGUCUUUUUUUUAAUGUUCAUUCACAAAUUCUAGCAGCUUCAUCAGGGAUUAGCUGAGUGCACUUUUUUCCUCAUACUAAUUUUAGGUUAAAUUAGUUUUUCUUCUUUUUUUAUGGUUUAUUUUGGACACGACUUUACCCCGUUAUGACAGAUACUGUACUAUGCUAUGAUGUGUAUUAUUUUGAAUGAUUUGUGUACAUUUAUUUUAAUUUAGUGUCUAUAUAUACACGUGUGAGUGUGGGCUCCGAUUACCUCGUGUCUAAGCAAAGGUAUUUUUCCUUGAAAUGUUGAAAUCCUUUUACUGUUUCAAAGCCUGUAGGUUUUUUUUUAACUGUUGUAUGUUAAAAGGUUGAAUAUGAUUGUGGUACAACAUUCGCACGACGUAAACCAUUUAAAGCUGCUUUCUAUGUAUUUGGGUUCCUGUUUGUACAAAAAGGUCCGAUCGAAUCCUGUUCACCAAAACCACAUCUCUUAUACUUAGGCAUCAGACAGCUUUCUUUUAUGCUGCUAUGUUGAAUUUUAUUUAAUUUUUUUGAUUAAAUUUUUUUUUUCUGAUUUUA